AUAUUAUUAAUUUUUUUUAACUCGAGUCAUCCAGCGCAAAACGCCGUCGUAUUAUCCCUCCCCUUUCUUCCUAUCCAAACUUCACUUCAUCUUCGUGGCUCAAAUCGACACCUUGACGAAAAGGGCAAAUUCUCCUGUUCUUUCACAAUUUGAUCACUUUUGCAGAGUUCUAAACCAAGAUGACACCCGUUGGCCCUUUUGUGAAAGCUGCUAGACCUGAUGACGGAUCUUCAAAAAAGUCAACCGAAACCCAAAACAAGCAGCAGGGUUGCCCUAUGAGUAAAGAAAUUCAAAACAAGCAGAACGGUUGCCCUAUGAGCAAAGAAUUUCAAAAUAAGCAGCAGGGGGGUUGCCCUAUGAGUAAGGAAAUUGGAAAUAAGCAGCAGGGGGGAUGCCCGAUGAGUAAGGUUAAGCAAGAUUCGGAGGAGUCAAAUGUUGUUCCCGCAAAGUGCCCGUUUGGAUAUGAUUCUCAAACUUUCAAGCUGGGACCAUUUAGUUGCCUGAUAUGUCAAGCGCUACUGUUUGAAAGUAGCAGAUGCGUUCCGUGUACUCAUGUGUUUUGCAAAGCAUGCAUAUCACGCUUCAACGAUUGUCCUCUAUGUGGUGCUGAUAUUGAGAAGACAGAAGCCGAUACAAAUCUUCAAAGUGUAGUUGAUCGAUUUAUCGAUGGUCAUGCUAGAAUUAAGCGGGGCCCAGUUGAUACAGACGACGAAAAGCAAGUAGUUGGUGAGAAGAAAACAAUCAUAUAUGAAGAUGUCUCCUUGGAGAGGGGCGCUUUCCUUGUGCAACAAGCAAUGAGAGCGUUUCGGGCAAAUAAUGUAGAAAGUGCAAAAUCAAGACUCAGUAUAUGUGCACAAGACAUAAGAGAACAGCUGGAAAUUGCGGGGAACACAUCUGAGUUAUGCUCACAGUUAGGAGCUGUAUUGGGUAUGCUCGGUGACUGCUGUCGUGCAAUGGGAGAUGGGAGUUCCGCAGUUGCUUACUUUGAUGAGAGUGUCAAUUUCCUUUCACAAGUACAAACAGAAGAUCUAGAGGUGACACACACGCUUUCAGUCUCAUUGAAUAAAAUUGGGGAUUUUAAAUAUUAUGAAGGUGACUUGAAAGCCGCAAGAGAUCAUUAUUUUCGAGCUUUGGAUGUUCGUCGCAAAGCUAUCAAGGAUUCUUCUAAAGCUCCGUCUCAGGUUCUAGAUGUGGCCGUAUCUCUUGCAAAAGUUGCUGACGUGGACAGAAAUCUUGAUGCUGAGGACGCAGCAACUGAAGGAUUUCAAGAAGCCAUAAAUCUGUUAAAAUCUUUGAAAAUAAACUCCGAAGAUAAUGCACUGGAACAGCGGCGGCUUUCGGUUCUUGAUUUCCUCAACAACCAGCUCUCCAAGAAGCAGUCGGAAUGAAAAUUGAAUCGAGUCUAUGGCCUGUUUUUCACAUCGCAUCAAGGACCCACUUUGCUUCCAAGCUUUAACAAAGUUUGUAAUAUGGACUGUUAUAGUUGAUCCCUAAUAUAAGGAUCUAAGUCCAUAAUGACAUUAAUAUCUAGCUUUUGUUGUUGAUGCUUGUUUUUUAUUUUCUGUAUGAGAUAAAUGAUUGUAUGUUUUUACUAAGACUGAUAAUGUGCAUGUAAAUAAAUAAGCCUAUAUAAUUGUGUAAUUUGAACA